AUGGACGCCCACGUGGACACAUUCAACGCGCUCAACGGCCUGAACGACGGCCACACGAUGUUUUCGUCCAACUGCUUCUUCGGCACGGCCAGCUUCUUCCUGCCUCUCCCGCUUUUCGCGGUCGUGGAGGACGGUCAGCAGAUCGUCCGCGUCGCCACGCGCCGAUACCUGAAGUGGUUCGACGGAAUCGAGGAGGACGCGAAGAGCAUAUGGGACUUCGAUUUCUCCGCCUACGAGUUACAGCAGGUACUCACCAUAGAGGGCCAGCCGGCAGUGCAGUACAUAAAGCAGUGGGCGGACAAGCACGGCGGCAUGGUGCGCAACCCCAGUGCGCGCUUCAACAUGAUGUUCGCCGGGCUCGACCCACAGGGAAGAGCCAGCUUGUUUCAGCACCCGGGGGAGUUCGCGCUGAGGGAGCUGGUGCCCGAGAGCGACUCGCUGCAGGUGGCCAUUCUCAGAGGGGGAGCAGCUGAGAACGUGAGUGUGCCAUGGAUAGCUGUCUCGAGCUCAGAGGCUUUCACCGACUCGCACUCCUACUGGACCCUCAACUGCGCCAAGCACAACGAGCCCUGUGCUGACGGCGCUGCUGCUGGCACCGCUGCAGGCACCACGAGCAGUAGCAGCAGUAGCAGUAGCAACGAAGAGAGGGAUUCGCGGAAACCGCCUCCUGUGUUCAAGCGUGAUGUUUUGAGGAGACGACCCCAGUAUCACAAACGCCAGCAGCCCCACAGGCGGCAGCAGCAGCCGCAGCCGCAAGAGAAGCAAAAGCAGGAGCAGAGCAGUGAUGCGGUUACACCCAGGAUACUGGCUGGAGAGGAGGGGGCAGCGAUCACCGUAGAGAGAGUGUCUGCUGACGAUGCCUACUACCUGGUGUAUCUACUGAGCAACCGCACGGCAGUGAUCGUGCUGCACACGUUCGACGUGGACAGCACCACGGUGGAGGAGCUAGCAGUCAUCAGCCCUGACGUGCACCCCGUCGACUACCUCGCUGGGGAGAUCCUCAAAGCCAUGGACGCCGCCAGGAGCACCAACUGCGCGGAGGUCAUAUUCGACGUGCGCGUGAACGGCGGCGGGUACACCGCGCUGGGCUCAGUCACAGUCGUCACGCUUCUCGGCACGCGCAACGUGCCUCUAGCGGAUGCAACCCUACCCAUGGACUUCAUUAUAGGCACAAACUUCACCUGGAGCCUCAUGGAAGAUCAGGCCAUUCCAGACUACGCAACGGACGGCUAUUCGCAUCCCGGCGACGGCGCGUCGGUGCUCUCGUCUUCGCAAGACUACACUCCUCUGCAGAACAUCUCGUUUACAGAGGCCGGUCGCGCCGGCACCUAUACCGCGGAUUUUAAGUCGUAUUUCGAGAAUUUCUACGGCGGAUUGGCGGAGCGCGCGGGAUCCGCGGAGCCGUUUUUCGGCGCGCGGCCGUUUCUGUUUCUGGCGGACGGGGACUGCUUUUCCACGUGCGCCAUCCUCACGCACAUGCUGGGAAAACGCUACAAAGUACCCAUGGUAACCGUGGGUGGUUACCUCAACCAGCCCGUGUCCGUGAGCGCGUCGUGCCUGGGCUACACCAUGCUCUCGUUAAACUGCGCCGUCUCGGUUCCGCUAAGCCGCACGAGCCACGCCAACGACCCGCGCGCGUCGAAACCGUUUAAGACGAACAUGGAUGUUUCCAUGGCGUUUACUAACGGGUAUGUGGACUCGAGCGUUCCGUGCGAGUUCGAAUUUCUGCCCAGUCAGCGCCACGUGGACUACACCGUCGAUCGCAUCGACAAGCCCUGGGUAAUUUGGAGCGACGUCGCGAAACUCUUCCCGGAAUUGCCGCUACCACCGGUGCUUGCGCAGUCGCAAGCUGCCGCGUAA